AUGGCCAUUAAGGAGUGCAAAGGCUCAAAACGAUUGAACUGUAGUGACGGUGAGCAGAGCAAGAAGCAAGUGUUCUCGACCUUGGAUCGCGUUCAGAGCGAGUCUUAUUCCGGCCGCAACUGCCUUUGCUGGAUCCGAAUUCGUCUCGAAACCGAAAAAGAAAGAGCUGUAAAGCCUCACCGGCCGAAAGUGACGGAAAUCAAAGCUUGCGUUGGCCAGCGAACAACGCUCAAGCGUCCAAAUGUUGCUCUUCUCAAGCGAAAGUGUAAGAGCGGAUGGAUCAUGCAUCUCGAAUUGAAUUUUGGUGGUUAG